GCGUCGGUUCUCUCCUUUUAUAUUUCUUUCCCCAUUUGGAGUUUUGGUUGUGCCUCUCUCUCUCACUCCCUAUAAAUCGCCUCCAUGCCCUCCGUUCUUUCCCUUCGCUUAUGUUUGCCUUCGUUUUCGUUCUAGUCUGAACAGACCCACCUCACCUCCAGCUCCACUCAAACUUGAGGUUUUUCGAAGAUGAACCACUGCGUGAUACAGCAGAGCAGCGCCCUUUCGGUUUGCGAAGAGAUGAGGACGGCGAGAGACUCCGUCGUUUGCCCCAAACCGCGCCGUUUCGGACUCCGAAACGCCACCUUUCACGAUCCCGGCAGAUCUCUCAGAUGGCAUCUCGGCCAUCAAGGGGAGCUCUGUGAUUCAAAGGCAGGCUCUGAUGCUUUGGACUGUAUCUUAACAAAGGGGGUUGAACAGUUUUCUUGUACAGAAAUAGGCUCGCCGCACCCAUUUUUCAGCGGAUCGCCGCCGAGCAGAGUAGCUAAUCCAUUGAUUCGGGAUGCUAGAUUUGGCAGUGAGAAGCUCACUCCAGUGUCACCGCUUUCACCGGUGUCUUCAUCGUCUCCAUCAUCUUCCACAAGGAAUGGAGGAGGCUGUGUUCGUGCUAUUUUCGGGAGUAAACCAACAGUGAGGGUCGAGGGGUUUGAUUGCCUGGACAGGGAUAGCCGAAAUUGCAGCAUCCCUUCCCUGGCUUGAGGGGUACAUAGGAAAAGAUUCAGCUUUAGAGUGUGCUAUAAUCAAUCACAAAAAUUGAGAAGAAUAUUGGAAAUUCUCAGUACGGGAAUGGAGUUGGUCCUUCUGCCUUGUGUAGAUAUGUUUCAAGGAUUACUGUAAAUGAGAUGCGUCAUGUAAUUACAUGAGAGUCUUUAGGCAAAUAAUUCAAGAGGUUAUGAGGGGUGGAUUUGGUGGAGAAAAUGAGUCUCUGUACUACCACCCUCGUGUAUUGUACAAAGUUUUGAGUCCAUGGUUGGAAAAUUUUCAAUUUGUUUCCAUUUAGGUGUUUUGGUUUUGAUGAGCGGUUUAAGGAGGAAAUCUGUACAAAUUGAAGUUGCUGUUGAGUCCAUGUAAACAGUCCUAUACAAUGUAUAUAUUCCAUAAUUUACAAUUUUACAUUUGUCUUUCA